ACUGCGGAGCAGCUGGUGGGCUGCUGCUGUGCUGCAACGAUCCUGCUACUGGUCUUACUGGCAUCCCUGCUGACUAUCUUUAUCUCUUGGUCUUGCUUUUUAUUGGGACGCCGGGGGGGGGGAAUAAAUAGCCCCCGCACUGUCGGGAGGCAAAUGAAUGCAAAAGACUGGAGGGGGAUUUCCCCGGGCCGCCUUCAGACCAAUGGAUACGCGCUCAAGUUCUAACCCGGCCACCUUGUUCCCACACGUUUCCCGCUACAGCAUCAAGGUCAACUUCUAAGGAUCUUUGGAAAGUCGGCAUGUUUGAGUCUGGAAGGAUGUGCUCCGUGGUCUUGCUUCAUCAGUGGAGUCUGGCUGUGUUCCUGCUGUGUUCCCCGGCGACGCCGUACGGGAGUCCGCUUGAUGCCCUCGCCAGCCGAAUGAGGCGGUCAGUGAGCCACGCCCAGCUGAUGCACGACAAAGGUCGCACCAUGCAGGAGUUCAAACGCCGACUGUGGCUGCAGGAGCUGCUGGACGAGGUGCACACAGCCGACGAGCGGGCGCCGCCCGUGCAAAACAGGGGCCCGAACUUCAGCGGGAACGACUUCCACCUCCAGAAACCCCCGGACGCCACCAAGAACCUCCCCGACGGUCUAAGGCCGGACCAGGAGGGCCCCAACCUCCCGCAGGAGACCAACAAGGCGCUGGCCUACAAGGACCAACCGCUGAAGGUCGCGACCAAGAGGAAAAAAAAGGUCCGGCUGGGUCGGCGUCGGGAGGGGGACAAGAAGCGGAGGCGGGCCCGCUCGGUCUGAGACACUGACCCCAACCGGGGCUCCUUUUGGGCCUUUUGCUUACGUUUUAGAUUUGGCAAACGCCGAAAGCCACCAGCUCCUCUUAGCGCCGUAUUUAUUUGGACGACCUUCACAACCAUGACCUUGAACAAGCCGUCAUAAUUUAUUUCCUGUUUGAAAGUCAAUAUUUAUUUUGUGAAUGUGUUGUGGUGCUGCUGACUCGAUCCCAUAAUGCACUUUACUUCCUUCCACGGACAUGGAGGUUCUUUUGUGGUCGCCGUUUGGUCUCCAUGGUCCUGCUUGCUUUGGCCCGCCAAAGAUCUCCCACCAUGUCACGUAAUUUAUUGGAUGCCUCAUCCAACCCAUCCACCCAUCCACCCCCAUCACGGCAUAUAGUUUAUAUUUUUAUAUAGAACGUAGUCCAAGUCGGGGACUCUGGCGGUCAU